GAGCCGCCUGCGAGUCUCUGGCGCCGCCUCCGCCGCUCCGACCCUUUCGCGCUCCCCGCGAGAGACGAAAAAAGUUUCCGGCGGCCUCAGUGAGUGGCUGGAGCGGAGUUGGAAGGGGGAAAAAAAAGGAAAAAGCGCAAGAUGGCGGAAAAUUUAAAAGGUGAGAGGGAAAACGGGCGAGAGCGAGCGAGAUAAGAGGAGGCGCAGCUUCGGGCUGGGCGCGUGAGGCGGCGCCGGCGAUGGAGAGAACCGCGCGGGCAGAAGCGGCGCUCGGCAGCCGGGCGUUCGGUCGCGGAGGUGGGGGGCGAGGGGGCGGCGCGAGGACGGGACCCCCCGGCACACCCCUCACCCGCCCUGCAGAGCUCUGAGGCGGCCGCGGGCGACCGUUACGGGGGCGGGGGGAGCGCGAGAGAGGCGGCGUAAGCGGCGCGGGGGCCGUCGGGCGGCCGCCUCGCGCUGAGGGCGGGAAAGGAGGAGGAAGGAGGCGGAGGCGGCGCGCGUGGGGAGAGGAAGAACGGGAGCCGUGAGGGGAAUGUGGGGGGUCUCGCUUGCUGAGAGGACCCCCAGGACCAAAACGCCGGCCUGCCCCUCCUAUUCCUCUUUCCUGGGCAAAGGAGCUUUGACCCCGUUGCGGUCCCGUCCCCCCCGUCAUUUGUUUCUGCCAACCGCCCUCCCCCUAUAUGUGGGUGUCGGUGUGGGUGUCCCGCUCCCCGCCCUGUGUUUUCUCCAUGUGCUUCCUUCCUUCUGCCGCCCCUGAAAAACUCUUGCCGCCUUGAACGCCUUUAAACAUUUAGGCUUAGGUUUCCUUUAGGCCUCUCGGUUUUGGGUUUGCUUUUUUGGGGGGGCGGGGGGGGUAGGAAAUGGCACAAGGUUGGGCUCCUGACAAAAGGCUGCCUUGCUUUCGGACCCUUGGCCUGUCAGACUCCUGAGAGAGACAGCCAGCUCAGCCACUUAGGCGAACUUUGUGUGCGGAAGUCGGGAGAUUGGCAGCAGGUGGAGACGGGGAAGCAGCUGUGAAACCCCUGGGCUAAGAGUGGCCGGCCCUGUUUCGGGGGGGCAUUACCCUGGGCGUGCAGUUUUCAAGCCCCCCCCCUUCCCAUCCCGAUACCUUCCUGUCAUGGAGCAGGAGGAAGUAGUGAUCUUGAUACCUGGCGGAGAAACUUCAGAGAGUUUACAUGGGCCAGAAGCCAGAGAAAAGGCAUUGGUUACUCUGGUUUUCUUAAUAAUUGCAGCAAUGAUUGUAUAUAUAUACUCCCACUUUUUGGUGGAAAAGUAAAAACCCAGUUUGCUUAAAACACUCACAAGAACUUUAGUUCCCUAAGUAGGUCUUCCUCAUAAAUUUAAGAUGACAGUACAAUUCUGAUUUGGCAAUCCCUGUAACCUAUUUAUGUAAAACUGUACAUGUGUUCUUAGUGCAGUGCACUCUUGCAUUUUUUUUUAAGUUGUUCAGAAUAGUGAGUGGGGGAUCUCUCAUCAUAAUGAGAGAUUACUGAAAGAAAUGAUCUUCAUGUUGCUUCCGCUUCAGUAUGCUUAUGUUAAUCUUGCCUUCAGGGUACAGUAGGGAAGUGGGGGUAAUUGUUUUGCUGUUUUGUUUUAGUUAUUUACAUGUUUUUAUCCUGUGAACCACUCUAAGAUCGUAUGAUGGGCAGUAUAUAAAUCUAAUAAAUAAAUGGAUUUUAUGGCAAGUUUAUGAUAACCUCCACCUACCAAUUAAUUCUUCAAAAUGCAACUGUGAUUGUCCUUGCAAUCUGUUUUUGUUGCAUCAUAUUUUAUAGUCUGCCUGAUGCCAAAGGUUUGAGGCUGAUGGCAGUGUGCUAAUCACAAAACUCCGGAUCUUUGACCCACUUGGUGUUCACCUUGCAUCUAGUGCUAUCAGCUUUAUAGGCUUGAAAAGAACAAGGAUCCUGCAGGUGAAAGGCAAGCUGUUUGAACAAACUAGUUUCCUAGAGACUUUACAAAGCAUCUUAAUUUCUGUCCACAUUGGAUUUUGUUGAUCAAAGCCCCAGAAUGGGGAAUUUAUACUCAAAUGCCCCCAAGAAAAUCCACUGAAAUGAUUUUGUGAACAUACAAAGAUGCCUUAUGAGUUCAACCACUGGUUACCCUAACAGUGUUACCUAUAUAUAGAUUGACAGUAGCUCUUCAGGGUCUCACAUAGAGAACUUGUUCAGCUGUACCUGGAAGUGCCAGGCAAGGACUGAAUAUGGAAUCUUCUGCAUGUAAAGCUGGUGCUGUGCCAUUGAGCUAUGGUGCCUUCCAGGAGUUUGUUAACAUAUUUUGAACAGAAGGGAGAAUUGCUUAUUUAUGUUAAAGAUGGUAAAGAUAAAGGGACCCCUGACCAUUAGGUCCAGUCGUGACCGACUCUCGGGUUGCGGCGCUCAUCUUGCUUUAUUGGCCAAGGGAGCCGGCGUACAGCUUCCGGGUCAUGUGGCCAGCAUGACUAAGCCGCUUCUGGCGAACCAGAGCAGCGCACGGAAACACCAUUUAAAGAUACCUUGGGUCUAAUAAGAAGAGAGAAACAAUGAGGACUUGAGGGAAGGGCUGUAGUUUAAUGGUAGAGCAUCUGUUUUGCAUGGAAAAGGUUCUCUGACUUUACUACCUUCUUGAACUCUUCCAUCAGCUAGACACUGCAUGGGAAAGUGGGUUGAAAACUCUCAUUUGCAUGUUUUAAUACCUAUUCACCUUGGCUUGAUUCUCCUUUCAGAGUCAGUGUGGUGUAAUGGCUAAAGUGUCAGACUAGGACUCUGGGAGACCAGGGUUUGAAUCCUCACUUGGCCCUGAAGUUCACUUGGUGACCCUGGGCCAGUCACUGUCUGUCAGCCUAACCUACUUCACAGGGUUGUAGGAAUUAAAUGAGGAGGUGGAGGAGAAUCAGGUAUGCCACUGUUCAUUAGAAAAAAAUAAUUCCCUCACCCCCAGUGUGUCAAGUUUAUUUUUAGAUUGUAAGUCUGAAGGCAAGGGCUGUGUUAUUUCUGUACAGCACCUAGCAAUUUUGAUGCUUUAUAAAUUAUAAUAAUAAUAAUGACAGCAAAUGGACCAUCAACAAAUAGAAGCUGGAGACCAGAAGAAGGUUUUUAACCCUUAGAACAGUGAAGUGUUUUAGAAAUUUCCCUAGAAAAGCUGUAUGUUUAGUCCUCUGUGUAAAAUGGGGAAGUAAUCCUACUCUUUGGGACCUGAACUGGUUAGAAAUGCUGCCAAACAGAAAAUGUUUUGCUUGGGACAUAACAUUUGACAUAGUUUUAUGUAAGUAUGUUGCUUAGCUAGCUAAGGAUAAGCAACUAGGACACAGGUCUGUUCAGUGGUUGUUAGAAGAUAGGGAUGAGAGCAAGAAUUAUGACAGAGCUAUCACAAAAAUGUAUGAGGCCUUGCAGCACAAGUCUUGUGUUACAUUGCCAUGUUUUGCUGUGGGUUGGUAUUCAGGGCAUUUAGUUGAAUUAAAUACAUUGAGUAGUCACAUGAUGUGAUAACUUUCGACCUGUUUUAAGAUUCAUCACUAUAUGCAAAUAGGUUUGCAAAAGAACAAGCAAACCUCGGAUGUGAAAGUGAAACACAGGCAAGGAAUUAUGGUUGGAAUGUGGUAUGUUUAGUACUGGAAUGGGAACAGAGGUGGGAAAUUAAAUCUGUACGUUCUAGGAUGCAUUGCACAAAUUUUAGAGUUCUUGCCCUCUGUGGCAGCAAACAUCAGAAAUGUGUGUAAGACUUAACAUUCUGAGAUUUCCCUUUUCCUUAUGAUCCUAAAAACAAUGAUAGAGCUAGCCAGAAAAGUAUAUUACCACUUUUUGUUAAAGGAAAAUAUACAGUUAUUCUAAUGUAUAUCUGCCUUAUCUUCCAUAGCCUGCACUGUUUGUUGCAAAUCAACCUGGUCCCACCUCCAGGAUCUCUGCCGUUUGCAGAAAGUUUGCUGCCCUGGUUUGGGUAUUACCAGAAAAAACCUCUGUGAUUUUGAAGUAGAGUAUCUCUGUGACUACAAGAAAGCUCGGGUGAGUUACUUGGGCCCUCUUGCAACUUUAGCAACACCUUUUAUACAACCUUGCGUCUGUUUUCCCUAGCUCUCAGUUAAGUGUUUGUACAUUGAGAUUUGGUGUUAGUUGGCACUCCUUCAUCCCUCAUUCUGCUCUUUAUACUUUUAGCCAGGCAUUACUGAUCCAGAUAAUCUCCCUUUCCUUUGAUUGGUGGCCCAUAGUUUACAGGACUGAAGCUGUUAAGAGAGAAUGUUGCAGAGUUGCUUAAUUUUGCAUGAGAUACCUGGGUUUUGUCCUUUACUCUGGGUUUUAGUAGGUUAGAGGAGAAGGGGUUAUUGGGAGAGCUUAUUUUCUGGGGUUUGUUUUCAGUUCUGGGAAGAGAAUUGUCAUUUUAAGCUGACACUGUGCAUGGUUACCUUUUACUCAGGAUGAGGAAUACUACCUGGUGAAGUGGCGGGGCUACCCUGAGUCACAGAACACUUGGGAGCCCAGAAAGAACCUGCGCUGUAUCAGUAUACUCAAACAGUUCCACCGGGACCUAGAGCAGGCAUUGAUUCGACGAGGAAGCAAGCUCAGAAAGAAUACACGCUUGCUUGACCAAGGCAUCUCCAACUACCUAGUGCAGAAGGCCAAACAGCGGCGGGCUUUGCAGCAUUGGGAAUAUGAACUCAAUGCCAAGCGCAACCACAAGGGAUGCAUUGUGGUAGAGAAUGAGGUGGACUUGGAAGGGCCUCCCCGGGACUUUGUCUACAUUAAUGAGUACAAGGUCGGGGAGGGCAUCACUCUCAACCAGGUGGCUGUGGGUUGCGAGUGCUUGGACUGUUUUUCAGAAGCAGCAGGAGGUUGUUGUCCUGGUGCUUCACACCAUAAAUUUGCGUAUAAUGAGUUUGGCCAAGUGAAGAUCAAGGCUGGCAUGCCCAUCUAUGAGUGCAAUUCUCGCUGCAGCUGUGGGAUUGACUGCUCUAACCGUGUGGUGCAGAAAGGCAUUCGUUACGAUCUUUGCAUUUUCCGGACAGAUAAUGGCCGUGGCUGGGGUGUGCGCACACUGGAGAAGAUCCGCAAGAACAGCUUUGUCAUGGAGUAUGUAGGAGAGGUAGGAUGAGCAGGCAUGGACCAGAAGUUUAGUUGUGAUCCAGGGUACAGGAGGAAAGAAAAAUUGAAGCUGGGUUGGCCUGUUCCAUUCUAUAAGAUGUGAAGCAGUAACACCAUGUUUGUACGUGACAUGCUCCAGCAGUGAGCUUCAGGUAGAAAUAUUUACUUCAGACUCAUCGAAGAGGCAGAGAUACUUAGGUUUCAAUCAUAACCACUUACCUAGGAGUAAACCCCAUUAAACUUAGUCGGAUUUAUUAGUGUCUGAUAAUAAUAAUAAUAAUAAUGAUAAUAAUAAUAAUAAUAAUAAUAAUAAUAAUAAUAAUUCAGUUAAUACAUUAAAAACAAUACAUAUAAAACAUAACAGUAUAUUGGGAAUAAACAACAAACAUUUCAUUUUAUCAAAAUAUAAUCCAUAUCACUUGUUGCUAACACCAAACAUAAAACCCCUGAAACUAUAAAGAAUGGAAAUAUCUCUUACGUUCUCUCUUUCUUUCUCUUUCUGCUCUGGUAUCACUUAUUUUAACUGCCUGUAAUGUUUUCUGAUUUUCUGAAAUGCUCCAGUCAGUCAGAAGCAACUCUUCACCAAAAUUCUAAAAGGGCUAGGUAUUAUGCAUAUUUACACACGACAAGGAUAGGAACUUGAACUAUUCCAGUCAAACUGGGCAUUAUUAAAUAGACGGCUAUACUGCAUGGGCUCCAGUCUAAGAUGGAGCGGUUAUAUUUGCACUUACUUUCCAAAGUGAUAAAAUUUAUCUUUAUAUGGUCAGUUGACAAGAUUUGCUUUGAUCAGGGAACAGGGGGAUAUCAGUUACAUUACAAGGAUAGUGAGGCUCUUUGUGACUGAUCCAUCUGAGGCAUGGGUAGGCAAACUAAGGCCCGGGGGCCGGAUCUGGCCCAAUUGCCUUCUAAAUCCGGCCUGCAGACGGUUUGGGAAUCAGUGUGUUUUUACAUGAGUAGAAUAUGUCCUUUUAUUUAAAAUGCAUCUCUGGGUUGUUUGUGGGGCAUAGGAAUUCGUUCAUUCCCCCCCAAAUAUAGUCUGGCCCACCACAAGGUCUGAGGGACAGUGGACCAGCCCCCUGAUGAAAAAGUUUGCUGACCCCUGAAUUCUGAGGGGUUCUCAAACAUGAAAGUUGUGGAGUUUAAAUGCAGUAGGCCCAAAACUUACAUAGGAGUUACAUUCCUGAGGUCCGCUCACAAAAGGCAACAUUGCAUGAAAUCAGGAAGAUCCCUGGAAUAACCCCCCUUCCCACGUAUGAUGAUCUCUAUUUUACUGGGCUCUGGGAAAGUUGUGCAAUGUCCAUCUCUACAUUACUGGCCUCUGGAAGGCUGUGGGUGGUUUCUGUAGGUCUUGCUAAUUCAAGUGGGACAAGUAGAUGGACAAAUUCAGGAAGAAAGGAACAUUUACUGUAUAGAUAUUGUGGUUGACACUCAAACUUGAACAUUCAUCUGAUGUAACCAGUAAAUUUUCUUAAAAUCUUAGUUGUGUCCCUGCCAGCCCUGCCCUUGUCAUAAACUGUACAGUGGUACCUCGGGUUACAUACGCUUCAGGUUACAGACUCUGCUAACCCAGAAAUAGUACCUCGGGUUAAGAACUUUGCUUCAGGGUGAGAACAGAAAUCGUGCUCUGGCGGCACAGCGGCAGCAGGAGGCCCCAUUAGCUUAAGUGGUGCUUCAGGUGAAGAACAGUUUCAGGUUAAGAACGGACCUCCAGAACAAAUUACUGUACUUAACCCGAGGUACCACUGUAUCUCAUUUUAAAGUGAGAGAUCUUUUAUACAAUUUAAAUAGUUUUGGGGAAUAGUGCCAAAAGCUAAGAACAUCAACAUUAUUUUGCUCAGUAAAUCAUCCUAUGACAUAUUGACACCACAGAUUUAGUGUUUCACCAACCAGGGGACUAUGGGCUGCUAUAUUGGGUUUGUGAAUAUGCAUGUGUGUAUAUCAUUGCAAUUACAUAUAAGUCCCCUCAAGGUUUAUUUGAUCAAACUGGGAAAUAGAUUCUGCCCAGUGUUUAUUUAUAAAAUUUCUGAUAUUGUGUGACCAGACUUCUAUGGUCUUCUCUUCUCUGCCCUGCAUGCCCUCAAAUAUGCUCCAGAGGACUGAGGAACUCUCAGGAGCAGAUUUUGAGGACUGUGAGGCCAGUGGGAGCCUUGUUGCAUGAGUGGAAGUCUAUUCUACUUGAACACAAACAGCACUGAAUGCAGCUGAUUAGCAAGAAGGCCAUAAUUGUAUGAUUCCUACCUGAUACUCUUAAACAUGUGGGUAGUAGAGCCUGUAGAAUGAGUUUUGCUGCAGAAAUGAGGCAUUUUGGAGCCACCUACUGGAUACCUGUGUCACAGAGAGGCUUAGAUGGGUGAAGAUACCAUAAAGGGUGGUCAAGAUUUUAAGUCUUUACUGAAAUAAUUAGGCAGUCAACUUUCAGUAUCUUGAACAUCAAAGAUUCAUGGAAGAAAAACAUUUUGGCAAAUUAAUGUACCAUGAUGGGAAUGACUUUAGAAGGUUUUCUAUCCAUGAUCAUAUCUUCUCUGAGAACUUAGAACUUUGAUUUAAACUGAUAACCAAAAGUGAGACUAAGCAUGUGUAGAAGGUUACCCAGCAUAGAGAUGGCAGAAAUUAGGGAACAAGUGAGAUCUGGAUGAAUAUUUUCAAUAGAUUACUAAGAAAGAUGCAGUAGCCCCAUUUUUGCAGUGCUUACUGUUUUUUGCAUCUCUCCCAGAUAAUCACAUCAGAGGAGGCUGAACGACGGGGUCAGAUCUAUGAUCGACAGGGUGCCACAUACCUCUUUGACCUUGAUUACGUAGAAGAUGUAUACACAGUGGAUGCCGCAUACUAUGGCAACAUUUCACAUUUUGUCAACCAUAGUGUGAGUGGGGUAGAUCACAGUGGGGAGGGAGCCAUGUCUUUAACAUAACUUUUAAUGUAGAGCUUGUCUUACUUCCCUCUUACUCCUGUUUUCUGCUUCCAGUGUAACCCUAACCUACAGGUUUACAAUGUCUUCAUUGAAAAUUUGGAUGAGAGGCUGCCACGCAUUGCCUUCUUUGCUACUCGACCUAUCCGUGUUGGUGAGGAACUCACCUUUGACUACAACAUGCAAGGUAAGAAGGGGAGUGCUUGAGAAAUUUAGGUGGGCAUUGAGACCUGUUCAUUUUGGGAGGCAGGGAUUAAGAAUGAAGAUCAUCUUUUGAACCAUUAAAAAAUUCUGGUUAGAUUUCCUUGAAUUUCAAAUAAAGCAUAGCAACAGUAUUCUAAGAUAAUUCUGAUAUCUUUUCUUUUUACUUGUGUGAUAGGUAGGAGCUUAAAGGAACAGGGAACUUUUAUGAGUUUAGCCUUUUGGCCAGUAUGUAGCCUUGUUGUGGAUAGGGUGCAUUCGCUAGAUAAAAUUCAGUGACAGGUCUGCUAUGAUGGAAGAUAUUCUGGUUCCAGUGCUGAUUUCCCACCUUCCCUAUCUCUCCCACAGUGGACCCAGUAAAUGCAGAAAGCACAAGGAUGGACUCUAAUUUUGGCCUGGUUGGAGGCCUGGCUGGCUCUCCAAAGAAGCGGAUGCGCAUUGAGUGUAAAUGUGGCACAGAGUCUUGCCGGAAAUACCUCUUCUAGUUCCUUGCCAGUUUUGCUUUACAGUUGUCUGGAUAGACUUGGACUUGAAUUCAAUACAGAAGUGGCAGUUGCUGAAAGUUUGAAGGCAGAGGGUAAGAGUCAGGAACUUACCUGCUUAAAACAAAAAACACCCAGUACUUUGAAUUGCAGAGAGAGCAAUAACUGACAUUUCUUAUGCUACCCAGCCAUGACUGGCUGCUUCUUACUGCCAGACUGAAAUAUUCUUACAGCAGCUGAGAGAUUCUUCAGCAGGCAGGAGAUUGGUUCGACUUGUCAAACUUGCUGUUGAUGUACUGGUUGGAAAAACACAGCAUAGUCUCUGGAUGUCUUAUUAGAACCUGUUAUAGCUUUUUACUAUUUUGAAGGCUUGAUUGUGAGUGCAACGUGGCAGAGAACACUGAUGAGUUUCUUAUCUUCAGUGUGGUUUUCUAAGGGAUACAAGUCUUGAUUUUACAGCAGAACUGCUUUCUAGCCACAUUUAUGAGUAAAUGGUAAAACACAAGCCAUUUAAAAAAUGGAUUUAUCUGCGUAAAGACUCUGUAUUACCUCAGUGUGCCGUAUGACUGUUCCCCACCUUUCCACAUCCAUAGAACUUGCUUUCAUUGAGGAUGGGAGAGGCCCAUGUAAUUUGUACUUGAAGUCGCACUUAAUAACCAUCAUAAAGCCCUAUGCAAAGUGAAAAGCCACAAUGUUGCUUCUUGUAAUUAAUGCAUUUGUUUUGAAGAGAAUAUGUUUUUAAAUAUACAGUAUAAAUAUAUAUAUAUAUAGGAAAUGGGUUGGGGCAAAGAAUCUAGCUUCUGGAAACCACUGUAUUUUGGAAGCUGUGAUGAAGCUUUUUAAUUAUGACUG